AUGCGUCAGAGCGGAGUCGAUAUUGAUGUGCUGGCUCCGGCUGAUGCCGAAGAAGCAGAGGCCGAAGAAACAGAAGAUUUCCAGUUUGGAAUUUGGCUGAGGCACCGUCGCAUUGACGGUGCCUUAAAUCGAGUCCCACCUGAUUUUUAUGCGUUGGUAUGGGACACUGUGCGACGUUUUCCACGAGGCCUAUCCAUCAAUCGUAUUGUCCUUCACUGGGGCGUCACGCAGGAGGUUGCUGAACCUGAGUAUCGCGAGAUUAUUAUCGAAGCCUUAUCAUUGAUGGGUCGUAUGGACAGUUUGCUGAAGUGUAACAAUCCAAACAUACCUCGUGAUCGGCCGUUCGAAGUGGAUUCAAUUGUGCAUCGAGCUAACAGGCUUUUUGUUGAUCAUAAUAAACAAAUGGAAACAAUAGUAAUGGAGUGUUGCGGCAGUGGGAAGCGUUGUGACGGUGCUCAAGGGAUGUGUCAGCACUUUUAUGAUUCGGCGCCAGCAGGUGAAUAUGGUACCGCACAUUAUCUUAUCAGAGCUCUGAUGGAUAUUUUCGCUCCUCGAGAAUAA